AUGCAGACCAAAUUCGCCGCCCUUCUCGCCCUCGCGGCCGCCGCCCGCGCCCAGCAGGUCUGCACCUCCCAAGCUGAGACCCACCCGUCCCUCACCUGGCAAAAGUGCGCCGCCGGAGGCACCUGCACCAACGUCGCCGGCUCCGUCGUCCUCGACUCUAACUGGCGAUGGGCGCACACUGUUGAGGGCUCUACGAACUGCUACACGGGCAACACGUGGAACAGCACUCUCUGCGCUAGCGGACAGGGCGCCGCCUGUGCGACAAAGUGCUGUGUUGACGGCGCGGACUACCCGGGCACCUACGGCAUCACCAGCAGCGGCAACGAGCUUAACCUCAAGUUCGUAACUACCCACGCCUAUGGAAAGAACAUUGGUAGCCGUAGCUUCGUAUUGCUCGGCAACGAGUUCACCUUUGACGUCGAUGUCUCUAACAUUGGCUGCGGCUUGAACGGAGCUCUGUACUUCGUCUCCAUGGACCUCGACGGUGGUCUGUCCAAGUUCUCUACCAACAAGGCUGGUGCCAAGUACGGUACCGGAUACUGCGACUCGCAGUGCCCCCGCGACGUCAAGUUCAUCAACGGUGUUGCCAACGUCGACGGCUGGAACCCCUCCAGCAACGACGCCAACGGUGGUGUCGGUAACCUCGGUGCCUGCUGCGCUGAGAUGGAUAUCUGGGAGGCCAAUAAGAUCUCCACGGCCUACACCCCUCACCCCUGCCAAAACAGCGCCUACCACUCCUGCACAGGCAACGCCUGCGGCGGAACCUACUCCACCGACCGCUACGCCGGCGACUGCGACCCCGACGGAUGCGACUUCAACUCCUACCGCCAGGGCAACAAGCUCUUCUACGGCCCCGGGUCCGGCUUCACCCUCGACACCACCCAGAAGCUCUCCAUCGUCACCCAGUUCAUCAAGGGCUCCGACGGCGUCCUCUCCGAGAUCAAGCGCUUCUACGUCCAGAACGGCAACAAGCUCGCCUUCAACGACACCGACGUCUUCAAGGCAAAGGGCGGCUUCGCCAAGAUGUCCGAGGCCGUCGCCGCGCCCAUGCCCGGCGCCGAGCGCGGCUCGUGCCCGACUACCUCCGGCGUCCCCGCCGACAUCGAGGCCAGCGUCCCCAACUCCAACGUCAAGUUCUCCAACAUCAAGUUCGGCCCCAUCAACUCCACCUUCGCCUCGGGCUCCGUCGUCGUUCCCCCCGGAACCGGUACGACCACCACCUCUGCGCGCCCCAGCACCAUCACGACUUCCGUCCGUACGUCGUCUACCGCGCCCGCUACCGGCACCGUCGCCAAGUACGGACAGUGUGGCGGCCAGGGGUGGACUGGUGCUACUGCUUGCGUUUCUGGCAGCACUUGCACCGUCGUCAACCAGUGGUACAGCCAAUGUCUCUAG